ACCCGCACUGCAGCCGGCAGCCUGAGCCAUGGGGCGUACCACCGUCCUGCUCCUGCUCUUGACUUUGCUGACGCCUGGGGCCGCCAUCCGUGUACCGCCGGCCAUGAAGGCCCUCAGCAGCCUGCGUUGGUCAACCAGUUUCACAUCCCGCGGUACUGUUGCCAAGAAGUACUCGAUUCACUACAUCGAACAGAAGGUUAAUCAUUUUGGAUUUGAUGCUGAUAAAACUUUUAAACAGCGAUACCUAAUAGCCGAUGAAUACUGGAAGAAAAAUGGUGGAUCAAUACUUUUCUACACUGGUAAUGAAGGGGACAUUACUUGGUUUUGCAAUAAUACGGGGUUCAUGUGGGAUGUGGCUGCUCAACUGAAGGCUAUGUUGGUGUUUGCAGAACAUCGAUACUAUGGGGAGUCCCUACCUUUUGGUAACAAAUCAUUCACAGAUUCCAGACACUUGGACUUUCUGACAUCAGAACAAGCUCUGGCUGAUUUUGCAGUGUUAAUCAAACACUUGAAAAAAACAAUCCCAGGAGCUAAAAAUCAACCUGUCAUUGCCAUAGGGGGCUCUUACGGUGGCAUGCUUGCAGCCUGGUUCAGGAUGAAAUAUCCUCAUAUAGUGGUUGGAGCUCUUGCAGCCUCUGCCCCCAUCUGGCAUUUUGGUAAUCUGGUACCUUGUGGUGUAUUUAUGGAAAUUGUAACUAAAGAUUUUAAGAGAAGUGGUCCAAAUUGUUCAGAAACCAUUCGCAGCUCCUGGGAUGCUAUUAAUCGAUUCGCAAGAACAGGUGCUGGCUUGCGUUGGCUGUCUGAAUCCCUUGGCUUAUGUACUGCAUUAACAAAUACUCAGGAUGUCCAGAAUUUGAAAGCCUGGAUCUCUGAAACCUGGAUAAAUCUGGCAAUGGUGGACUACCCUUAUGAGUCUGACUUUUUACAGCCUUUGCCUGCUUGGCCUAUCAAGGUAGUGUGCCAAUAUUUGAAAAAUCCCAGUGUAUCUGAUGCACAGCUUCUGCAGAAUAUUUUCCAAGCUCUGAAUGUCUAUUACAAUUAUUCAGGCCAGGCGAACUGCUUGAAUAUAUCAGAGACAACAACUAGCAGUCUGGGAACCCAGGGUUGGAGCUAUCAGGCCUGCACAGAAAUGGUCAUGCCUUUUUGUACUAAUGGUAUUAAUGACAUGUUUGAACCUCACUCAUGGAACUUGAGGGAAUUUUCUGAGGACUGUUUUAAACAGUGGGGUGUAAGACCGAGGCCUGCCUGGAUCAUUACUAUGUAUGGGGGCAAAAACAUCAGUUCACACACGAACAUCAUUUUUAGCAAUGGUGAACUAGACCCCUGGUCAGGAGGUGGAGUAACCAAGGAUAUCACAGACACCUUGGUUGCAAUCACCAUCCCAGAAGGGGCCCAUCAUCUAGAUCUCCGAGCCAGAAAUGCCUUUGAUCCCACGACUGUGCUAUUAGCCCGCUCCUUGGAAGUUAGACACAUGAAGCAGUGGAUCAGAGAUUUCUAUGCCAAUCAGAGAAAGAAGCACUGAAUUUGGUGGGGUGAAGGUUGAGAUAGAAGAGAGGGUGAUGGUGGUGACGGCAGACAUCCCACAUCCCGGGUCCUCGCCAUCUUCACGCCACCUCCAGGAAGAAUCUCUUUGUGACAGCUUUCCUACACCAUCAGUGGCCCUCAUAACUGGAGCAGAGUUCCUGACUGCCUUUCACAAGAGGGAGAGUCACUUCUUUUGUUUCUCUGCAAGCAGGGCUUUCUCUUGGUUUUGAGGUUAAAGUCUCUUUGGUUCAUUUGUCACUCCCCAUCCCUCCCCCACAAAAAAAGAAAAGCAGAAAAUAGAUAAAAAUGAUGUAAUUGCAGCUGGUAGGAAGGAUGUCCGAUGCCAAUCCAGGAAAUGGAAGCCAUUUCUUUUGUACUUGAUUUAAUGACUUUGAACUGUGCUAUAAAUAAAGAGUAAGGCUGGACC